AUGCUGGUAGGGCUGGUAGGGCUGCUCGGCUGUACGACGCAACAUGCCGACCCGGCGACCAAUCACUUUGAUGGGCGCAAGUUCCGAAACGCCGAGCCGCCCCCUGCAUAUGCAUUUUGGGGCUUCUUACGCUGGCCACUUGACCAUGACCGCCCGCCCCUGCGUGUCUGCGGCAACAUCAUUAGUAUGUUCUACGUCGGGCACGCCACCGUUGCACUGCAGGUGGUAGGCAUGAGUAUUUUGACGGAUCCGGUUUUGGCCGAGCGGGCGUCACCGGUUUUAUACGCCAGUCCCAAGCGUGUGCACUUGGCGCUCGUCUCUCACAACCACUACGACCACUACGACCACUUGGACGCUGCCGCACUCGUGCGGCUUUGGCGGCCUGACCGUUUCUUCAUAGUUACGGCAUUGGGCUAUCUGAGCUCAGUGCGCGAAAAGUACAAAAACCUGCGGGCUGUCGAACUCGAAUGGGGAGAGGCAGUUGAUAGGCGGACCUUCGCAUCGCCGCUGAACCAAUGCAACAGUGGGCCGUAUUCGUGG